UCUCUUUCAAAAGGAGACAGAGAGAGAGAACACUUUGGCCCCAUCUCUUUUUCCCCUCUGCUGCAUCUCUACACCAGAGAAGUUUUAAAUUUUUUUUUUCUCCUUCAUAAUGUUGUGAGGUUCUACUUGUGGAGAAAAGGAGAAUAAUGUAGACGAAGAGGAAAAAUUUAGGAAGAAUAAUGGAUUCUAAGGCUCCUUUAUCCUGAUUUGUUGGAUCUCUGGUGGAGAGAUUUGUGGAAUAAAAUGUUUCUUUUUGAUGGUUCCUGCUUCCCCCCCUCUCCCCCGCCCCCUUUGUAUAUGAUGGCAAAAUAUUUUCCCAAAUUUAACUCUUGGUUCCUGGCAAAUGUUCCUUGACUGCUGAAAACAUGACAUGGUUCCUUGAAAAAAAAAAGAAAAAGAAGAAGAAGAAAUUUGGCUACAUGUUUGGUUUUCGGGAGACCUCAUUUUGAUGUAUGGCUAAUAACACAUUUAAACUGCAAGUGUUCAUCUUUCCGUAGAUAAGGGUUCUUAGUUUUGAUCGACUGCAGUAGCUGCUAAGUUCGCUCCCGGUGUAUUAUACUUUGGAUAAAUUAUGGAUGGAAGUGGAAGAUUAGGGCCGAGGAACUGGGAAUUUUCAGAUCGGGAUCGGCGUGGUGAGUCAAUGCUAAAGCCCCGACCGGGCGUCCCGGCUCACAACAAUGUUAUUCACGGACACCAUGAGACUUCUCUUAAGAUGAGCUCCUAUUCAGGCAGAGAUUCCUUAAUUGCUGAACACAACUCCGAACUCCCCUCAAUGGACUUCUCUUGGGUUCCCCAAAAGAACUUCUUUCCGGCUUCGAAGGCUAUAAUUCAGGAAGUGCCGCCGAGAAGUUCGCCGAUGAUUGACAUUCACAGCGCCCAAGUUGAUGAAGGGGAACCGCAGAAUUUGGAUGGAAAACAGCAAAGUUCGACAAAGAAAGCUAAUCGCACUGCCGCUAAGGCAUUGAGGCCGAAGGAGCCGAAGAAAAGGUCGUCUAAGUCUGCAAAGAAAAAAGAAAGUUGCGUCGCCAAUGGAAAAGUUGAGAGGAAGAGCCUUGAGCAUGAUCUAGGGGGAGUGAUGCUCGAUUUGUCUAGUGUUCCUGUUCCUGUAUGUUCAUGUACUGGUGUGGCUCGACGCUGUUACCGGUGGGGAACUGGCGGGUGGCAGUCGUCCUGUUGUACGAAAACCAUAUCAGAGUAUCCUCUUCCGAUGAGCCCCUCGAGGCCCGGGUCCCGCUUGGCUGGGAGGAAAAUGAGCGUCGGUGCUUAUGAGAAGCUUCUGCAGAGACUCGCUGCUGAAGGCCAUGACCUUUCUUAUGCGGUCGACCUGAAGGAUCAUUGGGCCAGGCAUGGCACAAAUAAGUUUGUUACUAUAAAGUAGCUUUUAAUGGUGAGCUGAACUAACUUCCUUUUUUUCCGCUGAUAUGAGUAGUACUAUGCAUUUAAACGGACUAUCUCGCAUCCAAGAUAUCAAUGGGCCCAACCUUCUCUAGAUGUAACGUAACUAAGAUCUAAGGAUCUGUGCACGGUUGUGUCAUUGUACAAGUUUCUUAUCAACGUGAAUGACUUUCCUCCGACAUUGCUCUAGCCACUUUUACCGCUUGAGCUUAUGCUUGUACCUUGUAAUUCCUUAAAUUUUAAUCUUACCGACCUACCUAGUUCUUGGUGACAAAAUAA